CGCGCGCGGCUCUCCCGGGAGGACCAGACCCAGCCCGAGCGGCGGCGCGGCGGGACGCGGGCUCCGAGACGCGGGACCCGCUGCGCCUCGGUCCCGGCCACAAGUUUGCCCCGCGCCAGCCAAGUUGGAGAGUCUGGAAGCUUCUCCCGGGCUCCGGGAAGACGGUCCCUGCUUCUCGCUCUGGCUGCUCCGGGCAUGGCCGGGCCGGGGACGUCUCCCCACGUCUGGGGGUGGCUGGUGCUCGGCAGCUGUCUCCUUGUCGGAGCCCAGCUGGAUUCCGAUGGCACUAUUACUAUAGAGGAGCAGAUUGUCCUUGUGCUGAAAGCCAAAGUACAAUGUGAACUCAACAUCACAGCUCAGCUCCAGGAGGGAGAAGGAAAUUGUUUCCCAGAAUGGGAUGGACUCAUUUGUUGGCCCAGAGGAACAGUGGGGAAAAUAUCAGCUGUCCCAUGCCCUCCUUAUAUUUAUGACUUCAAUCAUAAAGGAGUUGCCUUCCGACACUGUAACCCCAAUGGAACAUGGGAUUUUAUGCACAGCUUAAACAAAACAUGGGCCAAUUAUUCAGACUGCCUUCGCUUUCUGCAGCCAGAUAUCAGCAUAGGAAAGCAAGAAUUCUUUGAACGCCUCUAUGUCAUGUACACCGUUGGCUACUCCAUCUCCUUUGGUUCCUUGGCUGUGGCUAUUCUUGUCAUUGGUUACUUUAGACGAUUGCAUUGCACUAGGAACUAUAUCCACAUGCACUUAUUUGUGUCUUUCAUGCUGAGAGCUACCAGCAUCUUUGUCAAGGACAGAGUGGUCCAUGCUCACGUAGGAGUAAAGGAGCUGCAGUCCCUGAUAACACAGGAUGACCCACAAAAUUCCAUCGAGGCACCUUCUGUGGACAAAUCACAAUACAUUGGAUGCAAGAUUGCUGUUGUGAUGUUUAUUUACUUCUUGGCUACAAACUACUAUUGGAUCCUGGUGGAAGGUCUCUACUUGCAUAGUUUAAUCUUUGUGGCUUUCUUUUCGGACACCAAAUACUUGUGGGGCUUCAUCUUGAUAGGCUGGGGGUUUCCAGCAGCAUUUGUUGCAGCCUGGGCUGUGGCACGAGCUACUCUGGCUGAUGCAAGGUGCUGGGAACUUAGUGCUGGAGACAUCAAGUGGAUUUAUCAAGUCCCGAUCUUAGCAGCUAUUGGGCUGAAUUUUAUUCUGUUUCUGAAUACAGUUAGAGUUCUGGCUACCAAGAUUUGGGAGACCAAUGCAGUUGGGCAUGACACGAGAAAGCAAUACAGGAAACUUGCCAGGUCGACACUGGUGCUGGUCCUGGUCUUCGGAGUGCAUUACAUCGUGUUUGUGUGCCUGCCCCACUCCUUCACUGGGCUCGCUUGGGAGAUCCGCAUGCACUGUGAGCUCUUCUUCAACUCCUUGCAGGGUUUCUUUGUGUCUAUCAUCUACUGCUACUGCAAUGGAGAGGUUCAGGCUGAGGUGAAGAAGAUGUGGAGUCGCUGUGACCUAUCCAUGGACUGGAAAAGGACGCCGCCCUGUGGCAGCCGCAGGUACGGUUCGGUGCUCACCACCGUGACGCACAGCACCAGCAGCCAGUCGCAGGUGACCGCCAGCACGCGCACCGUGCUCCUCUCGGGCACAGCGGCCAAGACUGCCCGAAGACAGCACGACAGCCACGUGACUUUACCCGGCUAUGUCCGGAGUAACUCGGAGCAGGACUGUCUGCCACACUCAAUCCACGAGGAGACCAAGGAGGGUAACGGGAGGCAGAGAGAUGACAUUACGAUGGAGGACUCUUCCAGGCCAUCGGCAUUUAACCCAGACACUGAAGGGCGCGACGGAGACACUGAGGAUGUUCUCUGAGUCACCAUUUGUGGGUCUGGUUGUGUGAGAGAAGUUUGGCUGGCAUUCCUCGGCUUGAACACGGAGGCUGAAAUGAUCAGGGCUCAAGUGUUACUUAAAAGUUUUCAGGCUCAAUGAAUUGGCUCCUCCAGCUCUGAAGACACAGAAGGGGAAGUGUAAAUGGAGUAGUUUAUUAUCUUAUAUUGGCAUCAAAUUGUCUUCUAAAUUGCUGUAUGGUACUUGCUCUGUGAUUGUUCAUUUUUUUCCCUGCUACUUUUGGGUAGAAGUAAUUUCAAAUACGUGGCUCUAACUUUCUCUCAUAAAUAUCACCCUGAAUAUGACAGAGAUCAUUUAGUAUGUGUCAUUUUCCUUUUAGGAUAUUCGUGCUCUAUUUUUCUCUUUCUCAUUUUAAUGUACUUCUAUCAAUGCAUUUAUUUUGACUGUGCAUAGGAGCAGUUAGGGUCUGAAAAAUGUAUGGUAAAAGAUAAAAAAUUUAAAAACAAGUAUGCACUGGAACAUUGAUGGGCUGGACAUUGAUAAAAUAAUGAAUUUAUGACAAUUAAGCUGGUUUCUUUCUAGGAACAAGGAAAAUUACUCUAAAAAGUAAUAUUUCAUAUAUUCCUUUUUUUGAAUGUCCCCCUUGUGACCAGCCAAACCUCAGGUCUCAUGCCUCCUUCUUUCUAAACCAUGACAUGUUGACACGUUUUCUUAGUGAGCUUAUGCUUGCAAACUGAUUUUGUUUGUAAUAAUUUAUGUUGAUAGUAAAUCAUACUGUAUCUAUAUCUUUUUCUUCUUUGUUCUGUUUCUGUAUUGCAUAUGGCAUGUGGAAUAAUUAAAAGUUUGUUU